AGUCUAUAAACAGGAAGUGGUGAAAUGAAACUGAAUUUUUAUUCUCAUUACAGUUACAGCACUUAAUGAAACUGUCCUGCUAUGUUUAAAACCUUGAAUAGUUUAUUCACUGCUGUUCAUUUUGUUAAAAGUUCAUCAAAAACAGUUAAUAUACCCUUCUUACAGUCCGCUGGACACUUCAUCAAGUCGGAUAUUUCAUUUCAUUUUCAGUGCAGAAAUAUGGCGGAUGCUGAUCAAAGUAAAAAUAAAGACAAAGUCAAAGACAAUAUUACUAGUACUAGUACUACUAGUCCUACAAAAUCAACCAAGUCUAAAGCCAGCAAGAUAAAAAAUCAGUCAGUCACCACUGACAAUACUGAAACUUCUAAACCUGUACAAAAUUUGACAAACAGGAAUUCAUCAAAAGUAGAUCAUCUAGGAGUAGAUGCCGCCGAUGCAAGUGCCAGUUGUACUUCAAGUCAAGAAAAUGAUGACAAUGACAAUGCCUGUAUUGAAAAUCAACAUAGUGGUGUUAGUAGUAGACGUAGCAGUAGUGCUAGUAGUAGUAGUAGUGAUCAUGAUCGUGCUGCGGCUGGAGAUUCAUUGCCGUCUAAAGAAGAAGCCCAGAAAGAUGAUUAUCUUGAUGACAACAUGGACAUGGAUGAUAAAACAGUGAAACAGCAUGAGUCUAAUUCUAAGAACAUAUUAACACGCAGUCGUCUUAAGAAUAAAAUGGACUUUGAAGAAGAAAAAGGUAGGACCUGAGGAAUAAUUAGUGUUUUUUUUUGGUUUUUAACUUUCUUCUUGUCACAAUAUUCAAUUAUAAAUUAUGGCUACAGGCAAUGUUCCCUUUAAGCUGCGCGGCCGCGCAGCAGUUUUGAGUAUCCGCGCAGCAAAAUUUCAUGUAAGUGUGUGUUUGUGGGCUGUAAAAUUUUGCACACAAAAAAAUUGAUGCUGUAAACUGUAAACAUUUGCACAUAACGGUAUGAUUUUGCACAUGAAGCAGUAAAUCUUAAAGGGAACGUUGGCUACAGGUAUUUGGAUAUAAGUCCUGAUCAGUCAUGAGUUGUUAACAGUACCGGUAUGGUGAAGACUACAAAAUAAAAAAAUGAUUAAUUUAACUCAAGAUCAAGUAGGCUACAACUGACUUCUAUAAAUAAUUUUUUAAAGUUAAAAAUAUAUUAUUUAACCAAAUUAAUAUUUAUAAGUAUUAUUGAUUAUCCUAAGGUGUUCUCCUUGUAACCACAAAUAAUUGUUUGUUUUUUUACACUCAUUGUGCUAAAAGUAUUUUAAAUGUCCUGGUUUAAAAUUUGAAAAAAGAACGUUCACUUUGCAAUAUAGGUAUAGUAAUGCAUAGGGAAUAUAUAAAAUGAAAAAAAGCCUUUUUUUUUUUAUCAAACAACUUCGUAGACAUAAUAAGUGUCCAGGUAAAUCAUUCCUUCUUAUUAGUUUCUUAUUCUAAUGUAUGUAAUGUAAACUUAUAAAAUCUAUACAACUCAAAAUAAGUAAAUCUAUGCCAAGAGGAUAUUGUAAAAUUAUUUUUAUAAUAUAAUUUACAUAAAUGUCGGCAAACAUUUUGUGACUAUUGCAUUUAUUUAAGCUGUGUUUUUAUCCUCCCCUGGCAGAUCCCAGUUUCAGAACACCUGCCCUAAUUUCAGGAUGCAUUUAUUCUGUUUUGUUAUAAGUACAUCUUUCAUAUUUUUCAAAUUGUUUUCAGUACAUUUCCAUCCCUAUUCUUCUGUCAAUACACGCUCCAAUCGCCUUCCUACUGUUAGUACAAUAUAUGCCCCUUCCUUAUCUUUUCAUUACAUACUCAGCCCCAUCCUUCUAUUGUCAGUACAAACUCUGGCCCCUUCCUUGUGUUGAAAGUCUAUACUCUGCCGCUUCCUUAUUUUGUCAGUGCAUACUCUGUUCCUUCCUUAUAUUGUUAGCACAUAUUCGGCCCCCUUCCUUCUAUUAGCAAUAAAGUUCAUCCUCUGCCUUUCAUCACCCUACCCUAUUCUUUGCCCUUAUUCUUCAAAUAUAGUAUUAGUAAAAGUCACCUCCACUUUUACCCAGGCAAACCUCUGCUCAAUAAUAUUUAGCUUCACUUGUAUUCUUACUCAUCUUGAGUCAUAAGUUGUCUGAAAAAUGGGGUGGGCAAAGUGUGUGUGUGUGGGAGGGGGGUUUAGGUGUGGACUGGGGGGCUAGGCAUGGUGGAGACCUGUUUACCCUCAAACUCUUAAGACCUGUUUACCCUCAAACUCUUAAAAUCGUGCAAUAUCAUCACAAAAUCGUUCAAUAAAUUAUCUUAAUAGUAAAAGAUAAAUGUACAGUAAAAAUAAUGUAUACACCUCAAAAUCUUACAUUGUACUCCAAAAUUGUAAGAGUAAACAGAUCUGCAUGGUGGGGAGCCAAAGUUAGAUUUUUAAAAUAAUUUCUUGGUUAUCAACAUCUUUUCACCUAGUUGAUUAAUUAAUUUAAAGACAAAAACAAUAUUUGUAAGUAAGUAAAGUAUAGUUAGGCUUUAAUGAAAUGACAAAAUAUAAAUAUGUUUUGUAGACUUUAACUCUAUACACCUUCCUCAUUAAAAAUUACACAAAUUUAAAUUAAAUUUUACAAAAUAUUAUAUUACUCUACCUAUUAAAUGAGAAGUAAAGGGGGAAAAAAUAAUAAAAAGUUUGGUCAUCUUUGGGGACUUUGGGGUGAGGUACAGUUCAUAACCAAACAGGAAACUAUAUUGCUGCUCUGUAACAUGGUAAAUUAAGUUCAUGUUGUUAUGGAGUCCAUAAGUACCAAAUCUUUUAAUUAAUUGUAUAUCCAUAGUAAAUUAAUUUCUUCCAAUGUACUUUUUGUUUACAAUAUUCAGAUAUCCCAAUGAGGACCAAUUGUGGUUACCAUUGUUGAAAUGUUUAGAAGCGUGGCACAGUUCCUGUUUUCUAUUUUAAAAUUAUUAUUAUUUUUUUAUUUUAAUUUUUUUUUUUAUAAAUUUGAAACAGCCAUUAUGGCUAAUGGCCUGUCUCCCCUGUACAACACUUUCUGUACUUAAUGUGCAAGGGGUAUUUGGCAAGUAAACCCAUUCUUGAUUUGAUAUACAGCCAACAAUGUUCCACUACCCAUAAAUGCCAUAAAUAUAAAUGCAUAGCUUGGCCCCAUUUUUAUUCCCAUAGCAAAUUCACUGAUUUGAUCGAAAAUUUAAAACAUUGAAUUCAAACGAAUUGAGUUUUAAAACCAACUCCGUCAUUGCCGUUAAAUGUGCGGGGGAACUUGUGGGAAACCUUAUAUAGGAUUAAGUUUAUUUCCCCUAAUGCAGGGAUCACCAAACUACGGCCCGCGGGCCCUAUCAUCUGGCCCGCGCGGCCAGUUCAUCUGGCCCGCCGACGGUACUGGAACUUGCUUGAUAAAACGUAUGGAACAAGAGACGUUGUGAUACACUUUAAGUUUAAAUAUUAUGUUAAGGAUACUAGGAGAUCUUCACACGUGCGGAGACCUCCCGGCUGUUAUGCGCCUUAAUUUACCAUUUUCAAUUGCAAAUUAUUUUAUCUAGAUUUUCUUGUUUAUUACAGACCUGUACCUCAAAGUCCUAAAAUCGUACAAUAUCGUCUCAAAAUCGUACAAUACGGUAUCUUAAUAGUAAAUAAAUAAGCAUACAGUAUGUAAAAUGAAUACAAUAACUACUCGCAUCACAGACGCACAGUGCCUAGUGGGAUCGAGUUAAGCUGGCGUCGAAAAAGUUAACUACUAAAAGUAGAUGACCGACGUUUAUUAUAAAAUCUGCUGUCACUUUGUUUUACAGACGUGUAUUAGCUAUUGAUAUUAAUUUAUAUUGAGUGGACCUACAGAUCACAGUCUAUUGUCUGUCACUGGUAAAAAUAAAGUUGCUGGUGAAAUUUAACGUGUUUCAAACUCAAAGUCAGAUCAGCAUAAAACAGGAUGUAUUUAAAUACGAAUUACUUAACAAAUGAUGUCAUCAUUUAAAAAACCCACCAAGCAUCCUGAGGUUGUUGUUUUUAGGAAAAGCUGUUUUUUUUUUUUAAAUUAUAAAAUAAGAAUCGAUUUCCAUUGAGCCUAUUCCCGCUAAUAUAUUAUUAAUCUGAUAAGUACCACAGACUUAAAAUGGGUGAAGGUUGGAAACCUACGGGGGACAUUAAAAAUCGAAGUGGCCACAGUUGGAACUAACAGGCCUUUCUACAAGUUCAGAUGUGUGGAGUUGCGUUUGGUCUAUUCAGACAACUGCACAGUUUCUAUCGUGACAUGUAGAGAGGCAAACAAAGAAUUGGCCCGCAUGGUUGCACUAAUGGUAGCUACGCCUCUAGGCAGUGGAUCUCUCGUCACCAAACUUAUUGAUCAUUUCAGACCUGUUUACUCUUACGAUUUUGGCGUACAAUGUAGGAUUUUGAGGUGUAAACAUAUACUAUAUGUUUAUUUUUUUACUAUAAAUAUAUGGUAAUGAACGAUUUUGAGAUGAUAUUAUUGUACGAUUUUAAGAGUUUGAGGGUAAACAGGUCUGCCAUUUUCAUCGGGUCUAGGGUAGAAAUCGAGGGCGCCGAUGAAUCUUGCUUUUAUUUAUAUAAAUUAUUAUUUAUUUAUAUAAAUAAAAGCAAACUAAAGAUCAUAAAGGUAAACUCGGCUAGCCAAGAGCAUAUGUCUCUGGUAGGAAAUGCACUGGAAGAAGUGGACGCCUUCACAUACUUAGGCAGUACCAUUGACUUAAAUCGUGGAUCCGAAGUGGAUUUCAGGGCUCGAAUUAGAAAAGCUAGGUCAGAAUUUGUGAUAUAAAAUAAAAUAUAGGAGUAAAAGGAGCUGACUCUUCAAACCAAAGUCAGAAUUUUAAACACACAUGUCAAAUAGUCCUACUAUAUGGAGCCUAAACUUUGAGAACAGCAGCGAGCAAUACGCAGAGAAUACAGACCUUCACAAACACUUGCCUUAGAAAGAUCCUGGACAUCAAAUGGCCACCAAAAAAGACUUAAAGAGUAUAAUCGAAUUCAAUGUUUCUAUGAGACUUUUUGAUUAGGGGAAGGACAUUUUUAAGGAUCUGGGGAGGCAUUAUGGUGCCAGUGCCAUACAUAAUCUGAAUUUACUUUAGUUGUGGCGGACCCCAGGGUCAGGCCCAGGGUAAUCAUUUGGCAUACCGGUACGAUUAUAUAUCAACUCAACUGUUAACGUGCAAUCGGUUAUCCUUUUAUGACAUUCGUUUAGACCGAGCAGUAUGCACUCUGUAAAUAUUCAAAUUUGGUGUCACCCUCUGAGAUGCUGUCAUUUGGUGCGGUCCGCACUCCCUAGUUACGCCACUGAGUCCUCCUAUCCCCUACAUGCUGGCAUUUAAACAUAAGACUUACAGAUAAUAAUACAUCUUACCCCCCUACCUUUAAAAGAUGUCCAACAGACAGCCCUACACCAUACCCGUGGCUCUAAAUGGAUUAAUACAAUAGUCGCCUAGUCUAAGGAAAGAUCAACCAGAACGGAGUUUAGACGUCACGCUCGAAAUCUCGCUGCGUGUUUUUUUUCCCCCACACUCCGUACUCUUAAUAUAAAAUAAUAUAAGAAGCGUUGGGGGAGUGCCGAUAAUGAAGAGGAAGCAGUACAUACCGGAAGCUAAAUAUAUAUAAGUGAUGCCUACACUUUUAUAUAUGGCAUCCUUCCGUCUUGGCGAGACGAUGGAGUGGCUAUAAUGUAGUCCUACACUUCGACGAGUGGCUCACUGGGACAAUCUCGACUGCAUUUCUCGCAGGAGAGUAUUGAUUCCUGGUUAUGGUUGGUCUUCCGUAUUGUUCUGUUUGUUGCAAAGGCUUCGUUUCGCGCAUCUUCUGCCUUUUUUACUCCUUCAUACACUGCUGUUCGCCAGCUGGAACGUUGUUCGGCAAUGAUCUCUCAUUUGUUGAUACCAAUGUUGGCUUCCCUCAUGCUACUUUUGCAAACGUCCUUAAAUCUCAGGCGUGGCCGUCUAACAAGUCUUGUCCCUUCUGCCAACUCUCCAUACAGCACCAUCUUUGGGAUACGGUCUUCCUCCAUUCUUCUUACAUGGCAUAGCCAGCGAAGGCGCCUCUUGCUAAGAGCGGAGAAUAUGCUAAACAUGUGUGCACGUUCCAAGACCUCUGUGUUAGGCACCUUGUCCCGCCAUCGAAUGCGUAAAAUGCGACGCAGACAUCUUUGAUGGAAGCUGUUGAAUUUCCGCUCAAGACUGGUAUAUGUGGUCCACACUUCACUGCCAUAUAGGAGCGUACAUAUAGGGGGCACGGAAGGAGAACGAUGGUUCACCGUAUGUUUUUGUGCGAGUUUUGGGGCAGAAAGAAUACGCUCGUCUGCGGAGGAGCGAUGCUGUCGAAGAGGUGAAUAGACAGAUAGUGGUUCGAUAAGAUAGGAAGCGGGGGAAUUAUAUGCUGAUAUAAAUAUACAAAUACAUCUAUUGCCGUAAUUAUAAGAUUAAGACGAAAAUUAAAGAAACCUUCUUUGUGCAUAUAGUUUAUGAUAAUUUUUGUCUUCCUAAAAAAUCUUCACUCAUAAAUAUAUUUUGCUUGUGGUAUGACUGCUUUUAGUGCGUAACAUUUUCUUUUCUUUUCGGAAAAUGAAAUCGUCUCAAUUUAAAUAUGGUGUAGUGUAAUAAAUAUUCGGUUUAAAUGUGGUUGAGACAAACGAAUAUUAACGAAUAUUAAUAUAGGCCUAGUUCAUGGACGUGUAAUAAAGUGUGCAAUGACGUAUCAAUUUGAGGGGGGGGGGGAGUGGUGUAGCAAAAAUUAGGAUUCUUAAAUCAUCAUUCACAAAUGUGCGUUAAUUGAGUUCAUGUUUUGUCAAUGAACUUUAGAUGAUGGGAAGUUCACGCUAAUGUUUGGCGAGCUAUAACUAGUAUAAUUAUAGUCUGUCUGGCACAAAUUAUUCGCCCUCUUUUUUAAAAUUAAAAUCACGAUUUCCAAUAAAUAGGCCUACAUUUCGCCUAACACCUUCUUCUAUAUUUUCUAGUUUGAUUUGUUGUGCACAAAGAACCGGAAGUACAACUUUUAAACAUCAAACCGGAGUAGUUCAGUACUAUGAUUUCAAAUUUAAUUACAACUGAAAAAGUCGAAGUUUUACGGUUCAUAACAUUAAAAUACGAAGUUUCUUUUGGAUGUAUUUUACGAACGAAAAUGCUCAGUGCCUUAUCCCAGAUAACAAUGAGACCCAUAGUUUAAAUAGGGAAUAGUGGCAAUAUUCAACUCAAUGAGAUUAAUUAUUAUUUCAGUUGUUCUAUUUUAAAAAAAUUAACUUCUUGAUUAAAUUUUUUAUAUAAUUAUAAUAAUAUUGUAAUGUAAUGUCUGUCACAGCACCCACUCUGUUCUAAGACAAGAAGAGUCCUGUAAGCGUUGUCUUCACUUAAAAAUACAAACAAAUCAAAAUCAAAGUAUACUUAUUAAAAUUAAAUAACUUUCAUCAUCAUCAUGUCCCUUAGCCGUAGUUGUUAGGGCGCCACAGAAUGGCAUGUGAACUAUCCUCCAUUCGUCUCUGUCUUCUGCACUACGCACAGCAUCGCCUAGUUUUAGUCCCGUCCCACUCAUUGUUAUCUUCCCAUCUUUUUCUUUGUCUUCCUCUUCUUCUCCCUCCUCUUAUGGUGCCCUGCAUGAUUUCUUUGGCGGGCCCUUGUUUCCUUGUCUCGUGGCCAUACCAUUGUAGUUUGCGCUUUUUUACAGUCACCAGGAGGUCAUCCUAUUGCCCAAUAGCCUGACAAACCCUUUCUUUCACUUGAUCAUUGGAGAUAUGGUCCCUAUAGCCGAUGCCAAAAAUGCUUCUGAAACUUCUCAUUUCCAUCGCCUUUAUUUUCCUUUCAAGUUCUGCUGUUAAUGUCCAGGAUUUGCAGCCAUACAGGAAAAUGGAGAGGACUAAUGAGCACAUCAGCCUUAUUUUGGUGCUGGGGGCUAUAUUUUUGUCGUUCCAUAUUUUCUUGAGCCUCUUUAGUGCUGUUGUGGCCUGGGCAAUCCUGGACAUCAGUUCGGGCUUGGAGCCUUCUUCUGAGACUAUUGCUCCUAGGUAUUUGAAGCUGCUUACAGUCUCUAGUCUUUCCUCCCCGACCUUAAUUUCAGUGGCAAUGCCGGUGGUGUUAUUUGUCAUCAGUUUUGUCUUUUCGGCACUGAUUUGCAUGCCAUUGGAUGAUGAAGUCUUGUCGAGACGCUUUACUAGGUUGGCUAGCUCUUCUUCGUUUCAUUGUAAUAACUUAAAUGAAACUAAAAGUACCAGUACCAUAAUCAGUAAUAAAAUCAAGCUUAUAACUUAUAAUAACUUAUGCAAUAUUAUUAGGCCAAAUAAAAUAUAGGCUAAUGUUUCUAAUUACUAUUAAUAUUUUAUAUAAUUUUUUUUAAAAAUACACUGCCCUAACAAAAAAUAUAUAUUUAUAUUAAUUAAAAAGAACAUUCAAACUGAAAAUACUCAUUGGUUCUCUUGUCUUUAUAAUUAUAAGUAGUAGUUAUAGUUAUUUUGAGUUGACUUAAAUAUAUAUAGAUACAUUCACACAUGCAGUGAUCCCUUGUCAAUUGUGGGGGUUAGCUUCACCUCCCAUCCAUCAGACAGCUGCCAAAGAUGUGUUUUCCAUGUAUGAGAGUUUUCAUCUGUUGUACGCUAAAUAUUUCAUUUGGAUUUAUUAUUAUUUAAAUAUGUACUAAUUAAUAUAUUUUGUAUUUUUCAAAAAUAUUUUUUUUCAAUUUUGUAUGCUAGUAAAUGCUUAGAUAACUGAAAAAAUAAUUAAAAUAAUAAAUAUAUAAAAAUACCUAUAGAUCACAAAUCCCCCGAUAUAGCAAAAAAUCUACGAUAAAAAAUUAGAUAAAUACAAGUAAAAAAUCUACAAAAAGCGAACAUGUCGUGAUAGAUGAAGAAUCACUGUAUAUAUAUAAUUGAUAAUUAUAAAUUUUUAAUUUAAUGAUUUGAAAAAAAAAAAUUUGUAAUCUUAAGAUAGACCUAAUAACUUAGUAUAUCAAAUACUACUAACUGGAGUUAUUAAGAUUUAUUAAAUAAUUUUUUCCAUCUUUGAGCAUAUUCAGAAUAUUAUUAUAAUUGUAGUACAGUUACUAUAUACAUAUUUUUGCCCAGAGUGUAGAACAAUUAUUAAAUUAAGUAUGGCCUCCUCAAUUACCAUUGAGUCUAGGUAAUGAAAAAUGAAGUCUAACAGGCCAACAAGAAACAUCAGAAAUAGUAUCUGAGGACAAUAGAAAUGAGGAUAUUUGUGACAAGAAGAUAUCUUGGAGAGACAAAGCAACCAAUAAACACAUGCAUAUUACUGCUGUGACACAAACAGAUUUGAUUAAAGAAGGCAUAAAAGGGAAACUUUAUAAAAACGAAAUAGCUGCUGAUGAUGGACUCUCAUGAUAUGAAAUUGUUAAUCAUAGGAUUUGCUCAUCCUCUUUAGAAUGGAAUUUGAAAAUUAAAUGGCAAAAACUCUGCAAUACAGAGAAAAUAGAUAUGGAUGAAAUAAUGGUACUGACCAAUAUAUUGUGCAUGAUGCUUUCAGUAGAGAAACUACAUCUGUCAGUGUCAGUAGAAAUGCAAUAACUAGUGGUGUAAGUAAAGAAGCUGCAUUUGGUAUAAGCAGAGCUGCUUUAAACAACAGUACCGGUAGAGACACCAUUAAGUAAUGAUGUUAGCAGAGAUACCAAUUAUAUAAGUCUUAGAGGUAGUUUUUCAUUUUAACCAGGAUUGUUGGAUACAAAAAUAACAAUGUCUAAAGUUAAAUCAAAGUUCAUGAGGAGAACUAGUUCAAGCAAUAGAGGAGCAGAAGAUGCUAGGUUAAUGGCUAUUGUUACUGAAAGAGGUAUGUUAUAUUCCUAAUAUGUGAAUGUCUAUAGCCUUUUAAAUAUUGAGUUGCGAAUCUUAUUUGAGUCAUUCUUGUAAUUUAAACCAUAACAGUAUUAUCUGUCUCUUUAACACAAGUAAGCAAAAACUUUUAUAGCCAGGUUUAAAAAUAGUGAAAAUGUGUAUCAGUCAGGUUCCUUAGAUUCUUAUCUUUCGAAAUAAAGUUAUUGAAAAUAUUAAAGUAAAUCUUCCUAUUCCCUUGUGCAAAGCAUAAAAAAACAACUUCAUCAUCUCUUUCUCAUGACUUGAAAAUAACCAAUACCACCCCCACCCCCCAUAAACUAGAAAACAGAAGAAUCCCACCCUCUCCCAAACAUACAAAUACAUUUUCAAUCCGCAUAAUCCAAACUGAGAAACCAGAAACAUUGAAACACCUAUUUACUGUCCUUGAAAUGUAAGGCCCACAGAAUAAAUCUAGCCUUUCACAUGUUUAUUAAAUUUGCUUGAUCAGAUUUUUAAAAUUAAAUUAUCUUUGACUUCAAAAUGUUCUUGAUAAGAACAUAAAUGAAACAGCGUCAUUUAAUUUUGAGUUUUCAAUAAAUGGAAAAGUAGCUAUAAUUGACCAAUUGAUGUAGUUUCAAGCAUUAAUGUAGAAAAGUUAAAACUGUAACAGGGACAUUUAGGGACAUUUCUAUUUUUAUGUAUAAAAUUAAACCAGCUAAAUUAAAUUUUUUUAUGUAGUGAUUUAUUGGGUUAAGAAAAAUAAAUUGAAAAUAAUUAAAACAUUGCUGAAGAGCAGCUUGAUUAAUAUUGCAAUUUCGGAAAUGGUUGGCUAGCCAGUUAUAAUAGGAUAAUAAAUGAAGGACUGCGUUCAAGCUGUGUGAAGGAAAUAGGGGAACAAGGUAUGUGGAAGCUUGAAAUAUAAGGACAGGACAAUAAAAAGAGAAUGUUUCUCCUUGUCUAAUUUGGAACUCCCUCGAGUACUCUCAAUUUACUUUGAUUCUACUUUUCAGGUAGUCUUGAUGGGAAUUCCAAAUUCCUACAGAGCAUCACACAGAUAUCAAUUCUUUUUCUGCCUGUUUUAUAAUUUCUUAUAUUGCUAGAUUGCCAGAAUAAUAAUUAAAAAAAUUUAUGCUGUUUCCAGAAAAAAUUUUGUCAAUGCCUCGUGAAGAAAGGCGUCGGCACUAUCGGUGCAAGUCCAGCUUUACUACAUUGGAAGAUAUCGAGUUCUGGCCAGAAUAUUAUGCAGAGCACAUAAAAAAAAAUGUUCCUGUACCUGGUAGGCAAAUACCUUUUUCAUUUUGUAAUAUUUUUCUUUGUUUAUUUUGCAUGGAUAAUUCAUUAGAUCAGUGGUUCUCAAACUUCCUAAUUCCGCGACUCUUUAAUACAGUUCCUCAUGUUGUGGUGACCCCCAACCAUAAAACUAUUUUAGUUGCUACUUCAUAAUUAUGUGUUUUCCUAUGGAUUUAGGUGACCCCUGUGUAAGGGUUGUUUGACCCCAAAAGGGGUUGCAACCCACAUGUUGAGAACGCUGUAUUAGAUGGUGAGGCCUUAAGAUUGACUUAAACCUUUUCUGGUUAUGAAUAGGGCAUCCUCCAUUACAUAAUUAUAAAUUGUUUCUGUCAUUUAUUUUUGCUAUUUUAGAUUUUAUUGUUUUUUAUAAGAACUAGCAAUAACCCGUUAAAAAUUAAAAUUAAUACAAAAUUGUGCUCAUUAGAAUUAUGUCUGUCGUCAAGGGUAAAUUAAUUCAACAUAGCAGUCAUAAAUAAUUUUCCUUGUAUUUGCUACUUCCUCAUGCAUUUUUAUGGAAUUAUGAGAUACAUACUUGUGAAAACUGAUGCAUAUUUUCAUAUAUUGAAAAUUAAGAUUGCAGCUAAUUAAACCUCAUAAUUCUCUACUCUUAUGGGGAAUCUCUAGCUUUUAGCAGAAAAAAUUGACAGAUGUUAAAUUUUUAAAAUUUAACUUAUAUUCACAUAUUACAUGAAAGAAGAAAAUAAAUGGUCUCAUAAAAAAUCAGUUUAUAAAAAAAAUCCAUUGAAUAAAUUCUGACUAACUACCUGCUGGUUGACAGGUUCGCUUCUGAACCGCAUGAACCACUGAGCUUUUUACAUUUUAGUUAAGAAGUAUUUGUAUCAUGAAAAAAUUUAGACUUCAUUGUGCUUGCUCCUUAGUUUUGUUUUCUUACAUUGAUAAUCCUUAGCAAAUGGCGUUUUUUGUUUUUUUGCUGAUUCAUUCUUCAUCCAUCCAGCCAUCCUUCGCUGUGGCCCUACAGCCCACAUUCUUCCACUCAGACCUGAUGCUUUUCUUUUCCGUGCUUGGAUUUCCGGCUGCUGUAUAUCCCUCUCCAUAUCAUCCUUCCAUCUAAGCCUAGUUCUGCUUUUGAGCCAUUUUCCUUAGGGGUUUUGGUAGUGCACCCUCUUCACUCCUCUGUCAUUUGGCAUUCUUUCUAAAUGUCGAGCCCAGCAUAGCCUGCCCUUUUUUAUAUCUGCUACUAGUGUGGGAUCCUUAUAUAGGCUUUACCAUUCCUGGUUGGUUUUAUUCUCCAUUCAUCAACCUUUGUUGAUCUUUAUAUUUCCAAGAGAACUUUUCUCUCCAAUGUGUUUAGUUGGUUUCCGACAUUUUAUUAGGGUCCAAGUUUCACUUGUUGAUGUUACAACUGGUCUGAUUACAGUUUCAUAAAUAGUUUACUUUGUUUUUCCUGUAAUGUUUUUACUUUUGAGUAUUUUCUGACUACUGAAGUAUGCCAUGUUUCCAGGCUAUAUUCUUUCUUUUUAUUUCUGUAAGUAAUUCAUUUCUUUCAUUGAAUAAAGAUCUAGGUAUUUGAAUUGAUUUACUUUUUCAAAAGUGGGCUAAUUUUUCUGAUUCAAUCUUUCAAUGAUGAAAUUUUUUUGUACUGUAAAGCACUGAACUUGUUAGUGUCUGUAUUAGAAUGUCAAUAAUUUACAAUGGGUUUACUGUUCAGACAUACUACAUGAAUUAUAGUGUUUUAAUUUCUUCAUUGAUGUUUAUUCUGUUUGUCAAUAAGAUGUUAAAAUAUAGUUUGAAAAUGUCAUUUACUUGAAAAAUAAAUGUAAUUUUUUUUUUUUUUAUUCAAUUUUUUUAAUAGAAUGUAAUGAGGUUUAUGAAGUGAAUGCAGAAUUCAACAAAAAGAUGGCAUUAUUUAAAGGUGACAUUACAACCUUGGAAAUUGAUGCCAUUGUGAAUGCUGCCAAUGAAACACUGCUUGGAGGGGGUGGAGGUACUUCUUUGUUUUGUAAUUAUUUUCAGUCUCAAUGCUGUAUUCAACCCACUCUGACUUAAGAAUUUCUCUAAUCUUUCAGCCUAUUCAUAAGACUACACCUCUGAAACUUGUUUAAGGGUAAUUUAACAAGUAAAUGAGAAGUUUUGUACCUAAAAAUUAUAUACAUGUUUAUUCCCUGCUACCAUUUUUAUAUGAUCAAUUUACUCAUAAUAAAUCAUGAAUUGUUUAAUUGUAAGACUAACAUUUUCACCCAUUGUCAAACUUAAACAAUUUAGACCAUUCUCUUAGAAAUUUAGAUUGAAAUUAGAGUUGAAGUAAGGGGAAGUAUGAUGUUGAAGAGAUGCAAUUUUGAUUAGUGCAGUGUUUCCCAAACAGGAAUUGCUAUCAUAGGGCACAGGUGGCAAUUUGACAGUUUUUUUUUAAAGGGGUUGAGGUUGAAGACAUUUCUUAACCACUGUCUUUUUCUACAUUUAGCCAUGCUAUACUCAUAUUUAGCACUUAAUUUAAGUUAGAGGCCUAAGUCUAAGUAGGCUGCAAAAUUAAAACAUAUUCUUCUUGAUGGCAGCAUGAACCUCUUUUUUUUUAAAGCUCUUCCUCUAAGGGUAGGGGGUACAAAAACUCUUUUGGGUGCUGAGGUGAAUAGUGGGGGCAAAAUAGUUUGGAAAAUGCUGGUUAAGGGUAAGGGCUGACUGAUUGAAAUCUUAUGAAGGCUAAUAAUAGUUUCAAUUUGAGAAUGCUUUUGACAUUUUUAUUUCAGUGGAUGGGGCUAUUCACAGAGCGGCAGGUCCCACUCUCUUGGCAGAAUGUGAGACACUGAAAGGGUGUGACACCGGAGAUGCAAAAAUAACCGGAGGAUAUCGUCUACCAGCUAAUUGUAAGUACCUCAGGCUGUUACAUUUUAUUCUCACGUAAACCCCUUGAGGCACACUGGAAAUUUAAAAAAAAACGGCUACCAGCACAUUAACAUCAAUAAUUUUAUUGAAAAAAUUUUUUAGUUCUGCAUUUAUUUUCAAAUUAUGGAAAAUACUGCACAGAGAAGUUAUUAUUCAUCUCUAAACAACAAAUUAUUGAAACUUAGCAAUAGAAUUAUCAAGACACCCAAAUAGGGUUGAAUUCAAUCCGAUAUUUGAAAUUGGCAACUGGCCAAAUUACAUUGGGCGUUCGGACUUUAAUUUUACAGAUAGUUUCAAACUAAGUUUUAUCUUUUAAAGGAUUUCAUAUUAAUGGAUUAUAUAUUAGAGAAUUGUAAAUUACCUUUUUUUUAUAUUUAAGUAUUGUGUGUUAAAUUAUGUUAAACAUAAAUUAAAAAACAUUCAAACUGUGUUAGUACUCAGAUUAAGAACAUUCUGGCGCAGUUAACCAUUUGAUCAAGAACAUUCCUAUUGUUUUAAACAUUAAUCCACGGAAAUCAAUUCAAUGAAUUGUAAUUAUUUUAUUAUUAACUUACUAUAUGCGCCUUAUUUUCAGAUGUCAUUCAUACAGUUGGUCCUCAAGGGGAAAAGCCCAAACUCCUUGAGAGCUGCUAUAAAAAAUGUCUGAGUCUGCUUAAAAAGAAGGAAUUAAAGUCAAUAGUGAGUAAAAACUGUCUCCUCUUUGUUCAGCUUGUGUUCAAAGAUGUGUGAAGGAAAUAGUGGCACAAUGUAUGUUGAAACUUGAAAUGAAAAGACAGGAUAGUAAAAGGAGACCAUUUUGGCUAAAAGCCCUCUUCAGCAGACAUGACAAAAAAAAAAAAAUAAUAAUAAUUUUAAAAACUUAGGUGUCUGGAGCUCACCACAUUGCCGAAAAAUUAUCCUUUAUUGUCCUGUCUGUUCAUUUCAAGCUUUAACAUACAUUAGUCCACUAUUUUCUACCAUAAUAUCCCAGCAUUGUUAGUCAUACAUUUCUAUUAGCAGUUAACUAUGCCUUUAAUAUCUCUAUCAGGUUCCACUAACUUGUUUCAUCUCAAACUCUCAGCUUUAAUUUUUUUUACUGGUUCCUUGAGAUAUUUUAUAUACUUUUUUCCCAUAGUAAAAAGAAACUAUUCUCAUAUUUCAGGCUUUCCCAUGCAUUUCUACUGGAAUUUAUGGUAAGUAGUUCAUUGAUAUUUUCUUACCUUUUAAAAUAUGAGUUUUUUGUCAUUUUAUUUGAUAUUUAUCUAUCUUUAGAGACAAGGGUGUUAGCUCACAGAACUCUCUCUAGCUUAUCUCUGAAGCAUGUGCAAGGUGUUUUAUGGGUAGUCAACUGUUUGCCAAUUGGAAGUUACCCUAGCUAUUCAUAGCUGGUAGAUCCAAGGGAAUGUCAGUUGGCUGGCACAGCUUGGUAUCAUUGGCAUUGUUUUGCCUGAAUUUCAUUAAUAUGGAAUUAUUUUAUCGUAUUGCUGAGGCUGGAACUCCUGCCUACUGGAAUUUAUGUUAUGUCCUAUUGUAAGCACCAGGUGCCUAGAAGAAGAACUGGUGCCCCUGAAUAUAUAGUAAAAAAUGCCAUCCGAUGCAGACCAGUAAAAAUAUGAUUUUAGUGCCCCUUUUCCUUUUGAGGUACUUUGGAUUUUAUCAUCUCAUUCACUAUAAACGUCCGAUCUUAAGAUGAUUUUUGUGGGGCAUAGGCCCCCUCCCCCCAGUGUUGGGUGCCCCCUUCGCAUGGCCCUCGUUAACACCCCUAACCAUAUGUAAAUAUUUGACCCUAGGUUUUCCUUAGCUGUUGGGCUCAAACUACUAGUUUCUUCAAAAAAAUGUUUGUCUUUCUAGCAUGUAAUGAGCAAUGAUCAAAUUUAUUCAUCUGCUAAAUCUUGACAUUUUUUCAAUUUGAGUGUGGAAAUAUAUUUGAAGAACAUUUAAGAUUUAUUUUCUUCUCCAGGUUACCCCAAUAAAAAUGCUUGCGAAGUUGCCUUAAAGACUAUUAGAAAGUGGCUUGAAAAUGAUUCUUACGCAAAAGAGGCUAGUAUUGUUACAUGUUAGUCAUGACAAAGUUUGUAUUUUAAUGAGAAGACUUGUAAUAUAUUUGUAGAUAAAAUUAUUAAAUAGAAAACAUAUUGACUGGUGAGCAGGACAGUCAGCAAUAUAGAUGGUGAAUUAGUCUCUUACUCGAUAACAUGAGGACAUUGAGCUGGGAUUGAUUGGACAUCAUCAAAGGUCCCCAAUGGCAGACCUCAAGGAUGUGUGGUGCCACUGUGGUUCAAGUUCAAGAAACCAUAGUGGCACCAAACAUCCUUGGAGUGUACCAUUGGGGACCUUUGGUGAGGUCAAAUGAAAUCUUUACGUGUCACCUACUUCCCCAGGGGAAGUUUAGAAACUCUUGCAUUCAAGGUUAUUUUCCUAAGAUUAAAUGCUGCUGAAAAAAUACGCUGUUUUGAAGAUCCCAACAUUGUGGAUCCUAAUAAAUUUUCAUCUUAUAAGAACCAGGGUAACUAGUUAAUGGGCUGAGACUUUGCAGCUAAAAAUUUUAAUGUAAAUAUUAAUUAUUAUGUCCCUGAGCUAUCAGUGGGACAAUAACCAAGCUAUUAUAGAAAAUUGAUAAAACAGUGUGAUAUUUUAGCUAUUUAAUAGUGCCAGAAAAUAUAUACAUCUAGAGAUUAUUGCCAAGCAUUUUUGACAUGAAGUGUUCAUCUACUUUCAGGUUGAGUGCAUAAUACUGUGCUUGUUCUUGCCUAAAGAUGUCCAGAUCUAUCAUCAGCACAUGCCCAUAUUUUUUCCAGUCCAGGAAACCUCAAGCGCAAAAGGCAGUGGUAAAUUAACAUAAAAUAUACCAUAUUUGUUUUAUCUUCGUUGAAUAGAUGCAUUAUUGUCAGUUCUUGCUAAAUUUCUUAUUAGUUGAACCAGAUUGACAUCUACCGGACCCAUUAGAUUUGGUCUGUGAGAUCAACAUCUAUUCAAGAUGUAAUUGGCCAAGUUGUUGGUCACAUAUAUAACCAGGGAGGAUCCUUGGGAAACUAAGUAAUUAAUUGGCAGGACAAGAGAGUGGUUGAUAUGGGCAGUAGGGAUAGUCUACCUUAUUAGUGACAUCUUGAGACAGUGAUUGACAGGCAUAAUGUGAAAUAAAGAAACAUUGUUGACAUUACUAAAUAGAGAGCACCACCAUUUAAGUUGACACAAAAAAAAAGGCUUCACAUUGUUCAUGAGGUCAUACCUGUCAUCUUUAUGAUCUGAUUAACACUCGAGCAUGUGUAGUUUGUUUGUUGCUUGCGCUAUUCUACAUCAUGUUUACCGGUUGUUUAAUUUAUCUUGACAUCUUUACAAAAUUAGUUUACAGACAUUUCACUUUAAAUAUGUAACCUACAACUUGUACAUGUAUUAAAAAAAUGUAACCUACAACUUGUACAUGUAUUAAAAGUAUUUUACCUACAACUUGUACAUGUAUUAAAAAUAUUUAACCUACAACUUGUACAUGUAUUAAAAGUAUUUAACCUACAACUUGUACAUGUAUUACUCAAAUAUAAAAAAAUUUUAAGUUAUUUUGAUUAUCCAAAAAAUAAUUAAAAAUACUUAACAGCUGCAAUGUCAAUCAGAUUCAGUCAGAUGAAAGAUACGUUUUUUAAGGUUUUGUCCACUUGCACCAACCAUUAUUUUGAGUUUAGGCACGGGUACAUGUGUACAUAAUGUCAAAGGCUGAUGAAUUCCAUUACUGUUGGUUUGAAUCAAAUUGCAACCAGUCCCCAUAAAUAAGAAGAAACAGCUGCAUUCGAAGGAAAUAGUUUCUCAAAGCAAUGAAAAGGUCAUGCUGUUGUUGAAUUUUCUCCUAAUCCUUUGGUUGACUCAUUUAUUUAAUGUUUAACCUUUUCGUUUCUUGUCCAGGUCCUAGCAGUAACAUCGAUUCAGAAAUUGCAUUGAAAACAAAGAAGAAGAAAUCUUGAAUAGAUUUUAAAACCGCAUCACUAAUAAGGUGAGAUAUACUUGGACCUGACUGUUGCAAUGGUAAGGGGCCGUCUAUGUGAGCACCGAGGGGAGAUUUUGCGUACUGUUGUGUAUGGCAGGGCUUUGGUCUCUGCAGAAAGUAUGUACACUUAUGCACAAAUUCUGCAAUAAUUACACUUAAUUCUGGCAGCCUCUACUAAUAUCUCUAAUGGAGCUGCUAAUGUUACUUAAAAAUCUGUUAAAUCUAUGAUUUCUAUUUAUUUUUAAAAGGCUAUAAAAGUAUCAACAAAAUAUUUUGUAAUUAUCUUAUUCUGUUGCUAUGUGUUGUCACAAAAACUCACUAGAUACCAGUAACAUUUAUGCUAGUGACUUACUGUAGUCCACGGUACAUGUGACAUAAUUUUUAUUUAUAGUUGGUAAUUUCAGACAAACUGGUAUCACUUUCCCCCCGCUUGGGUACUACUAUUAUUUUUUUUUACAUGGCCGCCAUCUGUGUUGCCAUGGCAGUAGACUAUAAAAAAAAUAGUACCCAACCUUGGGGAUGAGAAGAGAAAAAGGAAAUGGUGCGUUUUAGCUCCUUACAGAGACAAAAGAAAAUUAAGGAAAAUGAUGAGAAUGGGUUAUUUCAUCAAGCAAAAACAUUUUAAAAAUUGAAUCUUAGUGUUCUUAAAUAUGAUAAUAUUAAAGAACUUUUAUUAAUUAAUUGGAAAAAAUGGAAAAAUUUAUAAACAAGUGAAAAGUUAGCAAAGAGCCCUCACAUUUAAUGAAAUAAUUAUUGUAAAAAACCUUCAACAAUAAAAUCUAUCACUCUACCUAACCUGAAACCUAAAAUCCCUAAUGUUAAAAUCAGUCUCCCUAAAUUGAAAAUUGGUCACCCUAAUGCAAAAAUCAGUCCUUCAAAUGCAAACCCUACAGUUAUAGUCUAAUGUUAUUAAAUUUAAAAAAAAAAAUAAACGAUAAAGAAUAUACACAAAAUACUUAAUAAAACAACAUAAUUUUUUUAAAAUUUCCUAACAGCUAUAAAAUAAAUGUCUCCCAAAACAUCAGAGUUGUUACAGUCAUAUAACUAAAAAGCCAGGGGAUGCCCAUGAAAUAAAAUAUCAUCGUAUGACUUUGACAAAUACAAUAUUAAAUGUUUGAUACAUGCAUAUGUUUGCAUUGCUGCAAGUAAGUAUUAUGCGACACAUUUGUUAUGCUACAGAUUAUUUAAGCAUGGAAAUAUGAGUUCUCACAACUGCCUUGCAUUAUUGUUGUAUGCUCCCAUCAAUCAUGAACUUGACUAAUGGAAUGAAUUAGCUAUGCAAGAUUUGACCCAAAUAGGUCACUCAAGGGUCAGCAGAGGUCACUGGUGACCUAAUAAUCAUGAAGGGUUAUAUAAUCACCAUGGUUGGGUAAGUGUACACAGUUUCAGAUCAUUUGGAGAUCAGGAAGUGAGUCAAAAUUGAGCUGCAAGAUUUGAUCGACACACAGACUAAUCAACGGACAAAGCAACCUAAGAAAAAGCGUAUUAAAAACCCAGUACAUUAUAAUUUGGUGGUGAACGUCACAACUUUAUUGUAUCCCUCUAGAUAUGCUCAAUUUCAUUUAAGUAUCACAAAACCUUGGUUCCACAUGGUCCUGUGCUACAGCUACUCACUGAAAAGUGUAGAAAUGAAGAAAAAGAAUAAAUACUAUUUUUAAACUAUUCAAAAUAAUAAAACCCAAGUUACAGUUUUAACGAAUACACUUUUAUUCACUUUAUUACCAGUUCCUCCGGAAAAAAUAUCCAAAAGAUAUCGGUAAAAUCUAUAUCCAUUGAUCAAAAUGCUCAGACUGGCAAAAUAACCUCGCUUUGAAAAUAUUAAUUUCAAAGAGUCUUCAAUAAAAACAUUCCAUUGGUGUAUUAAUAUAAUUUUGUAUAAAUGUUAACUCGAGUAGCACGUCUCUAGAGGGGCAGUUCGCUCAUACAGAGAAACUCAGGGUUGUACCUAAUUAUCUGAAAUAGCUUAAUUAUUUUUUUAAUUUUGAACACAACGGCACUAUAAAAAGAUGGAGAGGGCAAACCCAUGACAAAAUUUUAAACCAAAUUUACUGCGGUGAUUCCCAAAUGGUUUUUCCCCACGCCCCACCUAUCAUCUAAAAAAUUUUAACCGCUCCUCCCACUUUUAUCACAAAUUGGUGGGGGGAGGGGGAAGAGGUCUCCAUAUUGCCUUAAAAAAGAUUACAUCUCAGUUAUGUUAUAUUGUCUUUUUCGGCCUUAAGACAAAACUUUAAGUAAAAUAUUAUGUAUUGCAAUACCAGUAUAUGACAAAAAUAAAAUUGGUGGUAAAUAUUAAAAAUACUUUGUUUAGCAAUACAUGCCACCCUUUUCCCUCUAUCCUAGAGCAAUGGCAUAUCUUAGGCUAGUGCCAUCCACAGCGAGUCAACAUUUGUGCUGCCCCUUCUGCUGUUGGCUGAAAGUGUCGGACAUUCAUAUACGUGAACAUAAUCAUUUAUAAAUAGUUUUUUUUGGUUGGGGGGGGGUAUGUGUGAGCUCAUUGUAGUCACAUUACACAAAAAGACUGCACAAAAGUUUACAGUUGCAACAGGGUGGAGGUGGUCUAAAAUUUGACUAUUUUGCAUAUGUAAACGGCACAAUGUGAUAUGAUUUUCACCGUAAGUUGGAACCCAUCCACGUAAGCAUCUAUGGUACUCAAAUGGAGCCCGUAACUAAUGAAGUGAAACAGUAAGAAUAAAAAGGGGAACCAUUCCUGACCGUUAUUCCUGUGGUAAAUAAAUAAACGGAAACACUUGGAGCACAUAGAUACUCAACAACAAUGAAGUGAAAUAGUAAAAAAAAAAGUAAUUUUAAAACAUUAUGGGAGAUGACAAUGUAACCGCGAAACGCCUUAAAAUUUAAGUCGCGUUUGACGUAACCUGAGGACCCCCUGUAUAAAGAUGGCCCCUAAUCCAGUGUUUCCCAAUCUUCCCCCCACAAUAAAAAAAUUCAUAAAAAUUAUGUACUGCUGUCAGGGAGAUUGAAUUUCAAUACUCGUGGUCUGUUUAGGUUUUGAGAUUCAUUAUUGUAGUAUAAAAUGAACAAUAACUGAAAUAUAUUUAUUUUACAACAAAGGGCCAACAUAACAAUAGUAAAUUUGCAAAUAGAAUAUUUUCCUGUAUAGCUAUUCCCCUUCUUCCAAUUGGCCCCACUGCUUUAACCCAUUAUCAUUGUCUUUAGUUAGAUUUGAAUUGUAAAAAAUGAAAUUACAUGCUAAUAAUAUUCUGUAAGCAAAAAAAAGGACCAAAAUAACAUAAUUUUAAAGGUCAACUGAAAUCUUGAAAUUGCAGAUAUUUUUUUUUUUUUUUAAAUUACCGUUUAUAACUUAUGAUAUAAGGCAACAAUUUUUUUUUAUCCUUUUAGCCAUUCAGCACAGUACAUUAUUCAUUUUUAUGAAUAGAUUAAACAAAAUAUAUAUUUUUUUGUCUUAUAAUUUAUUUACAGCCCACUAACUCAAGAAAUGAUGGUGAAAAACAAGAACCAAAAGUCCAUUGCAUUGAUAUAUUUUUGCUAAGAUCAGCUCCUCACUAAAUAAUGUGAAUGUUAAUAAUAUCAGUAGGUUAAAUGUAUUCUUCAUUGGAAAAUUAAAAAAAAAAAAUUAUUUAUAAACCUUUCAAUUUUUAGAAAUAAUUAUAAGCAAUUUUCCCCAAAAUCUAGAGUCUGGGAUGUUUGGUGACUCGGAAUCAUAGGCAAAUAAAAAAUAUAUUCAAACCAUUUUACAGAAGAUGUGGCUGAAGUUCAUGUUUUUAUGAGAUGCACCUGUUUGUGAAAUUAGAGGGAACUGUGAUGCAAGUCUUUAUCUAAUUUAAAUUAAUGCAGUGAUGUGUUUUCCAGUGAUUAUUUUUGAAAUAGCUUUUACGAUUUCUCUCAUCAUGUCCUAGAAAAUGGCUGUCCAACUUUAAGUAUAUAAUAGUAAGUUAGAAGAAAUUUAAAAAAUCCAGUCUCUGGCUCUACUUUUUAGCCAGAGAAAGACAAUAAUAAUUUUUUUUUAGUAAUCUAAUUAUUUUUCUAGAAUGUAUUUUUUUUUUAUUAUUUACAAUCAUUGAAAAAAAAAUGCUAAAAUUAAGAAGAAAGUUUUUUAUCUUUGAUAUUAAAGCAUGUGAAAUAUUUUUUAAAAGAAUAAAAUCUUAACAUUUAUUGUACAUAUAUUUGGUUCACCUUUUGGGAAUAGACCUGCCAUAUUAAAUGUCUGUACAUUUUAGGAUGUUUAAAACUUGUUAUUAUAAUCUUAGUAGAAGGUUAUUGCUCUUUUAAAAUACAUUCUUUCAUUAAUUGUUUUUGUGAUUCAAUGGGCCAUCCAAAUUAAUGGCAAAAUGAAUGUAGCUUUUUUUGUUUUUAAAUGUUUUGAUUUUAAUUACUAUUUUGUACAAACAAUUUUGUUCAUUUUAACCAAAAACUUCAGUUACUUUAAUAGAUUCUUGUUGUGUUUUAAAAAAAUAUUAAUUAGCGAAAAAAAGGAAGGGCGGUGAGAAAAUUAAUAUUAGGAACGUUUUAAUACUUCAAUAACUUCAAUUUCAAUAAGAACAGAUUGUCCUGUUCAAAUAAAACAACUUAUGAAACUAGUGAAAUAUUUGACAAUGUCUUAUUGGUGUUUUCAAGAUUUGUUUUAUAUCAGUCAUUGCUAGUGGUGUUAUUUAAUGAACACAUUUUAAUCUUUUUUCAAAAUAAGAGAGAGCAUUAUGAUAUCAUGUUUGGGUGUUGGAGAGAGCUCUAUGGUAUCACAUUUGGGUAUUGGAGAGAGCUCUAAGAGCCUCCACUUAGUAAAAAGUAACUGGCAUAUCUUGAUCUUCUCUGAAAAUAUUUUUGACAAUGUUUUGUGCAGAGGAUAAAAUAUUGAAUAAAAUUCCCUUUUACCGGUGUAUAAAACAAAAAUAAAAAUGGGUAACACAAAGCAAUGGAAACAUUGAUUUAACGCAACAAACCUGAGCACAGUCACCCACCAAUUUAUAUUACUUUUCUUUUUAUUUUGAAAUCCUCAUGAUUGCAUAUUUAUUACCGGUAUUUUAAAAAUAUCAGAUUUCCUUUCAAACCUUUAACAAUGAUAUGAAUAAUUUAAUGCUGGUAGAAAUAAUUCAAAAUCUUCAUUGAAAUAGCUUAUAAGUAUCACAGUUUAUUUUCAAUAGAUUAGAAAAUGCACAUACAUUGUUCUACAUAAACAUCUACAUUAGAGAUUAUUGCAUUGAAAAAAAUUACAGCCGCACUUCAAGUUUAAUAAUAAAUUCAAAUAAAUACAGACAUACCCAAUACCUAUUGAUUUAUUACUUCUAUUUUAUAGAAAUAGAUCCUUGUGUUUGCAAUUGUUUAUGAGAUCUGAAUAGUUGUUAACCUUCAUGGAGUCAAAGAUCACUAAUCUGUGCAAUACAUUGUAUGUGUCAAUAAUUGUUU